GUAGACCUACAACUUAUCUAUGGGUUGUGUUUGCAAAGGGGUUUGUGCAGCCUAAUUGUGCUUUAUGUCUUUAUUGUAUUAGCCUACUACAAUUGAUAACAAAGAAAAAUAAUAGAAAUGAACCAAUUAAUCGAUAGCUAAUUAAUAUGAUCUAAAACAGCCUGUUAUAAAAUAAUGUUAAGAAACCCGAGGAAGUCCGGUGCUGUUUCGUUUACAGCAUGUUAUUAGGUUUCGUUUUCCAAUCGUAAGAACAGGAAACUCAUGCCGAAUGCAUGAAUAACCGCGACCAACCAAGUCCAAACUUCAAAGCCGUGUUCAACUUGGAGUGAGAGGCCAGUGAAUAGGCUACAGGGCGUUGAAAUGGAAUCGGCGAUAGUCAAAUAUCUCUGUGGGAACCUCGGAUCCACAAACAGGGAUGAACUGGUGGCCAACUGUGUGUUUGGAGACGCCUCGACGGUGAACGAGAUCAUCAGCAACCGAGACCGGUUCGCCAACGCGCCUUAUAAUGGAGAGAAGCAUCUGAUCGCCAAGACGGCUCUCCGACUGUGCAGAAGGCUGCUGUGCGCUGGACCUGGAUGCAGCAGUUUACAUCUCUGUAAAACCUACCUGUACGGCGAGUGCCAGUUUGUUCCUGGAAGGCAGGCCAGGUGUUCCUUCUCCCACGACCUCCACUCAGAACACAACGCCGGACUUCUGAGAACACACGGCUUGGAAGAUCUGGACAAGAAGGAGAUAUGUGUGUUACUGCUGCAGAACGACAUGGACCUGCUCCCCUCUGUGUGCUUCGACUACAACAACGACGGAUGCCAGGAGGGCUGCAAAAGGAUCCACAUCUGUGAGCAAUACCUGCGUCGUAACUGCUGCUGCUCGCUGGCCCACGACUUCUACGAGCCGCAGCCCAUCGAGGUGCUGCAGAAGAGCCGCAUCCCCAACGACCUCAUGGCGGCCAUGAAGCCGCUGUACAUCAACAAGAAGGUCCUGAGUGGCAUCGAGCACAAGGCCAAGAAGGCCGGACAGACCAAUCAGGUCCCUGGGACCGGUGGAGCUGGUGGUGGUGGUGGUGGUGGUGGUGGUGGUGGUGGUGGUGGUGGUGGUGGUGGUGGUGGUGGUGGUGGUGGUCGUGGUGGUGGUGGUGGUGGUGGUCGUGGUGGUGGUGGUGGUGGUGGUGGUGGUGGUCGUGCCGGUGGAUCUGGUGGAGCUGGUGGUGGUGGUGGUGGUGGUGGUCGUGCUGGUCGUGCUAUGGGUGGUGCUCGUGGUGCUAUUGCUAUCGGUAGAGCUGGAGCUCCAAGAGGUGGAGCUGGUGGAAGGAAAAGACCGCCUCGAGAUAAAACCGAGAUUUGCAUGUACUUCCUUAUAGGCACCUGUAGACACACCAUAGAAAGGUGUUUCCAAGCUCAUUGCAGGCUGCCUUACAGCUGGGAAGUUCUGGAGGGCCAUCAGUGGACGCUGCUGGAUAGCUCAGAGAAGAUAGAAGAGGAUUACUGUAACCCCAAAAAGACACACAGCACGGUGGAUGUAGAAGCGGUGUGCUUUGACACCAUGACGCGCGGACUGCAGAAGGUCAGGCGUCUCUCCUCCAUCUCCUCAGUCCUCCUGCCCACCUUCCUACUCACCACCGAGUGGCUCUGGUACUGGGAGGACGAGAAUGGGAACUGGAACCAGUACGAUUCACCGGUGAGUUCAGCACCAUCGCAAAGUGAUGCCAGCCUGAAUCUGCUCACAUCCGCAGACACCAACAGCAGCACAGAGCUGGAGCAGAAGUUCCAGAACGACCCCCAGGAGGUGAUGGAGUUCACUGCAGGGUCCCAGGACUACACAAUCAAGGGCGCACUCACACUAGACAUGAUCCAGACCAAUAAGAGUUACGGCACCAAGAGGCUGGUGAGGCGACGGCCUCGCUUCCUGUCCUCCGCCGACGUGCAGGUCAUCAGGACAAGAAGGCCUCCAAAUGGUCCAACAAAUGUCCUAGCUAUGCCAAGACACUGGGACAGGACUCAGGUUCCUGAGACUGGACAUAAGAAAGUUCUGCUGCAAGAUUCGUCCGAAGAAUACAAAGAGGUGGAGACGCUGUUUCGUCAGACGAUGACCAAUGUUGACAUCGUGAAGAUCGAGAGGAUUCAGAACAAGAGUCUCUGGGACCAAUUUCAGUUGCAAAGGGAACAAAUGAAGACGAAGAACGGGGGCCGUUGCGUGGCCGAGAGGAAGCUGUUCCACGGCACAGACUCCAAGUACAUCGAUGCCAUCUGCUGCUCGAACUUUGACUGGAGGAUCUGCGGAACCCACGGGACCGUCUACGGCAACGGCAGUUAUUUCGCCCGGGACGCCAGCUACUCCCACAACUACACCGGGAAGGCCUCGACGGUCCGCUCCAUGUUCGUGUCCCUGGUGCUGGUGGGUCACCACACCCGGGGCGAGGCCGGCUACGCGCGUCCGCCCUCCAAGGACGGCGGGGACACCCUCUUAUACGACAGCUGCGUCAACGACAUCCUCUCGCCUUCCAUCUUUGUCAUCUUCGACCGGCCUCAGAUCUACCCGGAGUUCCUGCUCACUUACAAGGAAAAGCGAGAAAAGGUGUGGGCUCCAGACGACUUGUUCUCCGGGGUACUGGCCGCCGCGCCGGUGGUGAAGCCCACAGCCGUGCCAAGUGGCAUGUUCGUAAGGUCCGCAUCCUUGGCCAGUGCCAUGACCGUGCCAAGGGCCACGCCCGUGCCCAGUGCCACGCCCGUGCCCAGUGCCAUGUUUGUGCGCAGGUCUGCGUUCUUGGCCAGUGCCACGCCCGCGCCCAGUGCGACGCCCUUGCCCAGUGCCAUGCCCGUGCCCAGUGCGACGCCCUUGCACAGUGCCACGCCCGUGCCAAGAGCCACACGCAUGCCAACGGCCAUGCACAUGCCCAGUGCCACGCCCGUGCCAAGAGCCACACGCGUGCCAACGGCCACGCCUGUUCCCAGUGCCACGCCCGUGCCAAGAGCCACACGCGUGCCAACGGCCACGCCUGUGCCCAGUGCCACGCCCGUGCCCAGUGCCACGUCCGUGCCAAGUGCCAUGUCCGUGCGCAGGUCCGCAUUCUUGGCCAGUGCCAUGUCCGUGCCAAGGGCCACGCCCGUGCCCAGUGCCACGCCUGUGCCCAGUGCCACGCCCGUGCCCAGUGCCACGCCCAGUGCCAUGUUUGUGCGCAGGUCUGCGUUCUUGGCCAUUGCCACGCCCGUGCCCAGUGCCACGCCCUUGCACAGUGCCACGCCCGUGCCCAGUGCCACGCCCUUGCACAGUGCCACGCCCGUGCCCAGUGCCACGCCCUUGCACAGUUUCACGCCCGUGCCAAGAGCCACACGCAUGCCAACGGCCAUGCCCAUGCCCAGUGCCACGCCCGUGCCCAGUGCCACGCCUGUGCCCAGUGCCACGCCCGUGCCAAGAGCCACACGCGUGCCAACGGCCACGCCUGUGCCCAGUGCCACAACUGUGCCCAGUGCCACGCCCAUGCCCAGUGCCACGUCCGUGCGCAGGUCUGCGUUCUUGGCCAGUGCCACGCCCGUGCCAAGGGCCACACCCGUGCCAAGAGCCACACGCAUGCCCAUGCCCAGUGCCACGCCCGUGCCCAGUGCCACGCCCAUGCCCAGUGCCACGCCCGUGCCCAGUGCCACGCCCGUGCCAAGAGCCACACGCGUGCCAACGGCCACGCCUGUGCCCAGGGCCACGCCUGUGCCCAGUGCCACGCCCAUGCCAAGUGCCACGUCCGUGCCCAGUGCAAUGUUUGUACGCGGGUCUGCGUUCUUGGCCAGUGCCACGCCCGUGCCCAGUGCCACGCCUGUGCCAAGAGCCACACGCGUGCCAACGGCCACACCCCUCCGCAGAUUAACAGCCACGCCGGUGUACACCCAGGCCUAUGAGGAACCCACUUCACAGUUCUACGUCCCCCGGCCUUCCAGACGCAGCCCCCCGCCCCCGACCUCCCCUAGCCCGAAGAAGUGUGUGGUGAGCUAGGGCGGGGCGGGGCGGGGAGGCGGGGCUAAUAAGGUGGUUUCUGUUAGGGUGUUGGAUUGGGGCACAGGGCUCAUGAGGGUCGCAUCCCCGGUGAGUUCUGCUGAGUCAUGGUGUGUCGGGACUCGGGAGUCAUGGAGACACGCCCCUGGAGGACUUUGGGAAUCUGUUUUGGUUUUUUAGAUCUACCUUUGGUUCGUGAAAGGGCGGUGGUUCUGUGGAAGGGCUUUGGGUCUCGAAAAUGUAUUGAUUAUGUACGUUACAAUUAUGCAAUAUACACAGAGAAAAAUGCUUUAUGGUAACCGUGGGAGAUGAUAUUUGAGUUGCUCUGUGCAUAUGAGUUAAUAAUUUUUCAAAUCGAUGGAAACCACAGCUGGCCUUGAUGAAGGAUUCACGACGAAUCCAGUCUUUCCACACGUCAGCGAGAGGACGUCAUCACGAGUGUAUAUAAAACAUUUAAAUGGCUGUACUGACCUGUGGCCAGCAGAGGGCAGCAACUACACACGAACCAACUACACUACGACCAAUGUCAUGAUUGCGUUUGAUUACCUUAAAAUACAGGUUGUUUUGCAGGGUUAAAAACAUCAUUUAUUUGCUGUAGUGUGUAUCAUCCUGAAGGAACAAGCUGUGAUAGCUUUUGUAACUGCAAAUGUAUUUUUAAAAUAUAUAUGCAUUUAUUGAAAAAUCUAA